AUCUACUAGUAAACUUUGUCGUAGCUUUGCAAGAAUAAGGUGCUCCAGUUAACAUGGCCAAAUCAAAGUACUUGAUAAUUUUCGUGGCAUGUCUGGCUGUUAGUUCGUACGCCGAGGAGGAAGAGCGUUACCCUGACAAGUACGAUCAUCUCGACGUCGACGCUAUUCUUGAGAACGACCGACUUCGAAAUCAGUAUUACAAGUGCUUCCUGGAUACUGCACCAUGCGUAACCGCGGAUGCUAUUUUCUUCAAAGAACGUAUCCCUGAGGCAAUAGUGACAAAAUGCCGUAAAUGUACCGAUAAACAAAAGGAGGCCUUCAAUAAAAUAGCAAUUUGGUUUGAUGAACAUGAUCGUGAAGGCUGGGAAGCUAUCAUUCGAAAAGCCGUGAGCGAUUUCCAAAAGAAAGCUCUUUUGAGGAAAAUGAUUCGAUAUCUCAUAAAUGUAGAAAUAUUCAACUGUACUAACAUUACAAAUGUUUAUCAGACUAGGAAACCUACAAUCUUCUGCAUUGCAAAUAACUUUAGUUUGAGAACUAUGGUUGUCAAAGUUUUAUUGCUCUUGGCGCUUUGUGCCCUCGUGACCAUCACUCACGCCGACGAAGAGAUCUACUCGAAUAAAUAUGAUUUCGUCGAUGUCGACAGCAUCCUCAAGAACGAUCGGCUAAGGAAUCAGUAUUACGAGUGUUUCCAGGACAUUGCGCCUUGCCUUACUCCUGAUGCCAAGUUCUUCAAAGACAAGAUACCCGAAGCUCUAGUCACAAAAUGCAGAAAAUGCACAGACAGGCAGAAGUACAUGUUCGAGCGAAUCGUGACGUACUACACAGAAAACGAGCCCGACAAGUGGGCAUUGGUCAUUAGCAAUCUCAUCAAGAAAUAUGAAAAGAAACAUUUGUGAAUUCUCGCUGAAUCGUCAAAGUUUGCCUGAGGGAGAGAGAGAGAGAGAGAGAGAGUUGAAUGAAUGAUCCGAGCAAAUAACCUUUGAGCCGUUUACCCGCGAUGAGCAUAAUGAAUACGAAAUUGUCGGCGCGUCUGGUCGCGCCGUAAAAUAAUCAUCACGUCAGAUAUAAUACUCUUCGUCCAUAUCUCGGGUGCGUAGUGCCACUCGUUUACAGACAUAACCACGUCUAGAGAAAUAAUACUCGACCCAAUGACACCGGGUAAGGCGGACGCCAGCUCAAAUCAAUUAUUCAUGCGAGCCGCAUGAGUAAUUAGUAUAUUAGAACGUGGUCAUUGCGUAGCUUCUCGGCCCAGAGGCGAGUCGAUUUUUUCUCAUUCGCGGAGUCCUCUUAGCUCUUAAAUGUGCGAGUACGUGCGCGUGAUCAAUUAAGUAAAAUUUACUCUUUAUUUUGCCUUCGUUGCCGCCGUUUCUUUUCUAAUUGUAUUUUCGUUUUUCAGUGUUUUUUUUUAUUUAUACAUGUUAAUUGAAUAAAAUUAUGUUUGUAUGCAUUCGAAA